AUGGACGUCGACGCAGCCUCCUUCCCCCACCACCUGCUCGGCCUCUUCAUCCACAUCUCCGAGGCCGACUUUGUCUCCUUUGACCUCGAGCUCUCGGGCAUCCCCUCGCGCAUUCAGGAUAAACCCCCGCGAGGGCCCGGACGUUUUACCAUGGAGGAGCGCUACGCCGAGACCAAGAUGGGCGCCGAUCGCUACCAGAUCCUACAGGUCGGCAUCACCUGUGCAAGGUUCGACUACACUGCCAACAAGUACGUCCUGCGGCCCUACAACAUCGCCAUCAGCCCGCUCCUCGACGAGCGGAUGGACUUUGAGCGCGAAAUCAGAUUCCAGAGCGGCGCCUGCACGUUCCUGCUCAACAAUGGCUUCGACCUGGGCUCCCCUUUUGCCAGUGGCGUACAGUACUUGUCACGUGAGGAGGCAGAGCGCGCAAAACAAAUGGCGUGGGAUCGACUCGAAAAAAAGAAUACUGUCCCAGACCUGCAACUAAAAGAGGAAGACGUUGAGUCGCUGGAUUUCAUGCGCCGUGUGAGGAACGCCAUCAACACAUGGAAAACUAGCAAAGCGUCGGGUUUGGAUGUCACAACCCACACUGGGCUGCCCAGGCAACCGGUCAUUCCCGCCAUCACACGCUUUGAGAAGCGUCUGGUCCAUCAGCUUGUGCGUGCUGAAUUCCCUGACCUGGUCACCAUGGGUCGCUCAGAGUGCGUUCGCAUCAUCCAUCUAGAUCCUCUGCGCGAGGCGGAAAACGUGCGCAAGAUGAAGACUCGCGUCAACGAGUCCAUCCUGCGGCAAACUGGCUUUCGCUGGGUCUUUGAGGCUCUGGCCAAAAACGGCAAUAUUGAUCGAACUGAACUGCUAUACGUUGCUCGGACCUCUGGCAUGGCAUCAGCGGCCGACACGCAGGCUAUACGCAAUCGCUACGAUCGAGCUAUCGAGAGACUAAAGACGAAGCAGCCAGUGCUUGUGGGUCACAAUAUGUUUACCGACAUUGUCUACUUUUACCGCACAUUCGUCGGACCGUUGCCUGACACAUUACAGGAAUUCCAGGAUGCCAUCCACGAGCUGUUCCCCAGGAUAAUCGACACAAAAUACCUAGCUACUUAUGCUGAGGGCGACCUCAACGCCUCGCCCACGCUGCAAGACAUAGCGUCGAGUCUUAGCAAACAACCGCUACCCAACAUCAUCACUCACGCCGAUCACUCUAAAUACCAGGAUAUUGAGGCUUUCCACGAAGCUGGUUAUGACAGCUUGUUGACAGCCACAAUCAUGAUUAAGCUAGCCGCUAAGCUCGGUGCAGAGCGAGGAGAAAAGAUAGUCCCGCCACUUUUGAAUACGUUUUCAGGUGUCCACAAGAUCCCUGGUGAAGACUUGCAAGACUUUGUAAAGGACGGACGCGAGAAGGUGGAGAAGCCCGUCCCGCUACCGCCCCUCGAAGACCCGGUACCCGCAAAACGGAAGAAGCGCACGAAAAGCAAGAAGAAUGGUGCCAAGAGCAAGGAGGUGGAACAGCAGCGCUUCCAAACGAAGAAUGUCUUUGACACUCUUAAGGAAAUGACACUGAAUGGCGACGGCGCGUCUUCAACAGAAGAAGACGAAGAGGAGGAACCUACAGCCCCAAAACAAAAAGGUGCAUUGCGUGAGCAAUCACGAGAACCCACAGGGUCAUGGGCAGAAGACGUUUAUAUGCAGGACCGAUCUGGUUGGGUGCCCCUUGAGCAAAUGGAGCGACGGCCGAUGGAGCUCAUCCCAUCUUUCGACUCAAGAUUCUGGUCCGAGUUUGGAAAUACACUGCGGGUUUUCGGAACCGAAGAAGCCGUUUUGAAAAUCGCCGAGUGGACUCUGGAUCAAGUUGUACCUGGGGAAGCAGUGCCGCUAAACUAA